GGGACAAUAUUAAAUUUAUUUGGGUGUUUGACAAGUAAAGGAAAUUAGCAGAGCCCGGUCACGAUGGAUGCUGUCAACGCUUUUAACCACGAGUUGUUCUCCCUGAUGGACACAAAGCCGCCCAUCUCCAGGGCAAAGAUGAUCUCCAUCACCAAAUCAGCCAUAAAAGCUAUUAAGUUGUACAAGCAUGUUGUCCAGAUAGUAGAAAAAUUCAUCAAGAAGUGCAAGCCAGAAUAUAAAGUUCCUGGACUAUAUGUGGUGGAUUCCAUUGUCAGGCAGUCACGGCAUCAGUUUGGUGCAGACAAGGACGUGUUUGGGCCCAGGUUCACCAAAAACAUCACCGGCACUUUUGAAAACCUUUGCUUAUGUCCUACAGAGGACAGAAGUAAGAUAGUGCGCGUGUUAAACCUGUGGCAGAAGAAUGGCGUUUUCAAAAUCGAGAUCAUUCAGCCUCUCCUGGACAUGGCCGCUGGGACAAGCAGCUCGGCGGGGGGCGCAGACGUGAAAAACGGCCCUGACGGAGCGUCUCCACCCUCUCCCGUGAAGGCGGAGGAGCCCCACGCGGUAGUGUCGGCCAACUCCAUCGCGGCAGCCGUACCUCAGAUCCAGAACUCCGACGCCUUUGCCGCGGUCGCCCAGCUUUUCCAGUCCUCUCAGGGCCAACAGCUCCAGCAGAUGCUCCAGACGUUCCAGCAGCCAGGCAAACCUCACUCCCCUGCCAUUGACAACACCAUGAUGGCCCACCUUCACCUUCCAGCCCAGCCUGUGGCCACGCCUGCCCCUGCUGCUGUGGCCCAGAGACCCCCUGCUCCUGCCCAGUCUGUGGAGAAGAAAGCUGCCUUUGAUAAGACGCUUCUGGAUCGCUUUGACUAUGACGACGAGCCUGAGAGCGGAGAGGAGAUCAAAAAAGAGGAGGCGUCGUCAGUACAGCCUGCUUUUGGGUACCCUGACGGAGUCCAGCAACAGCAUCAGCCACCUCCCUCUGGCUUCCCUCAGCCAGCCAAUCAAAUGGAGCACUUUCAGCAACACAUGGGCAUGGUUCAAGAUCCCAACCAACAGAUUCUUCUGCCCCCAAAUGGACAGCUCCAGGGCUUUGGCCUCAUGCCCCCUCAGUCGUACCCAGGGGUGAUGCCACCGAUGGGGCAGCCACUCAUCACCCAACCCCAGCAGGGUGCCGCCGUUCCCCCAGGGUUCCCCGGGGGUUACCCUCCCCAAAACGAUGCCUUCUCUCACCACAUGGCCCAGCAUAAUCAGGAAAUCUCUCCGUCGAUGAAGGAGGGCCGGCAUCGUCCUGAUGGUAGGAGGUCCAGGUCUCGAUCAGGCUCAAGAUCCCCCAAAAGGAGAAGAUCCCGCUCCAACUCCCGGUCCAGACGGCCCCGGUACCGCCGUUCACGCUCAAGGUCCAGAGAAAGGCGGCGAUACUCACCUCGCUCGCGGUCUCAGGAGAGGAGGGAGAGAGAGAGGGAGAGGGAACGUCGUCAGAAAGGGCUACCCCCAAUCAAGAGCGAGACGCUGAGCGUGUGUAGUACGACUCUGUGGGUGGGGCAGCUGGACAAGAGGACGCAGCAGCAGGAUGUUGCCUGUCUGUUAGAGGAGUUUGGCCAGAUCGAGUCCAUAAACAUGAUUCCACCUCGAGGGUGUGCUUACAUUGUGAUGGUUCAUAGACAGGAUGCCUUCAGGGCCUUACAGAAACUUAGCAAAGGCUCCUACAAAGUCAACCAGAAAGCCAUAAAGAUUGCCUGGGCCCUGAACAAAGGCAUUAAGUCGGAGUACAAACAGUACUGGGAUGUGGAACUGGGCGUCACUUACAUCCCAUGGUCCAAAGUCAAGCCCGACGAGCUUGACGGCUUCCGGGAAGGAGGCAUGCUGGACACGGACACGCUGUCGCCAGAAUGGAGAGGUGCUGGUGCUGAGAUGGAGAGGGCGGAGGAGCUGUCCCAGAACGGGAAGGCCGAAGGCGGGCAGACAGAGGACAGUCCGGGCACCGUCCCCAUGCAGGUUCCUCCCAUGCAGCCAAUGGGAGCUGCCGGGUCUCUUCCGCCACCAGGGUUCCCUGGACCCAUGGGUAUGCCCCCUCCAUCUUUCCCCCCGGGCGUCCCUCCUCCUCCGUUCAUUCGGCCUGGGUUCAACCCCAUGCAGAUGCCCCCAGGCUUUCUCCCCCCGGGUCCUAUGCCGCCCCUGGGCUCCACCGGACCCCCCCCUCCCACUGCAGGCGUCAGUAUGCCCCCCCCAGUGGGCAGUUCAGUAGAGGACAUGGCGGGUGAUCCAUCAGGAAUGGGUCCCAGGAUGAACAGUGAAGGGACAGAGGGAUAUAAUUCGGCUUUCUCUCCGUCCGCAGGUAAUCAGGCCGGUGGUCCAGGAGGUCUUCUGGGGGCACGGCCAGGCAUCAUCCCCCUACAGCGCCCUCCGGGGAUUCCACCCCCCCACAUGCAGCAGCGCUACCCCAUGCCCCCCCCUCGCCCAGGCAUGCCACCCAUGCCCCCUCAGAUGAUGCCCAGGGGACCCCCCCAGAUGAUGCAUCGAGAGCCUCCGCCAGGGGGCUUUGGCAUGCCUCCACCCCACCCUGUCAGGGGACCUUAUCCCCCACCGCCCGGACCUCCGUUCAUACGACCCGGUGGGCCCAGGGGCCCAGAGGGUGCGGACGACCGAGAGGGAAGACCUUAUCAAGGCGAACGUCCGGGGUACGGUAGGGAGAGGGAGCAAGACUGGUACAGGGGACGGCAGCCGUUUAACGAAGGAGGUGGUGGAGAGUGGCCAGAGGGGAGAGAUCGCUACGGCAACUGGCACGAGGAGGCAGAGCAGCGCGGAGGCUGGGAGAGGGAGCGCAGAGACUGGAGGAGGAGCCCGGACCCGGAGCGGGGACAGGACGGCGAGGAGAGGAGCCGGCGCUCCAGAGGGAGCAGAGACAGAGAACACGGAACCCGGGAGAGGAGCACGCGGUGGGACAGAGACGACAGGCUCGGAGGCGACCGGAGCGAGGAGUCGAGCGGAACUGAGACAUUUCACGAAUCCAGCAGCUCCGAGCCUCCAGCAGACUCUGCUAAAGAGGCUUCUCAGACUAAGUCAGAAACUGCAACGCCUUCCUCUGAAGUGACUGGAGAGACCCAGACCUCUGAGCCCACAGCAGCAGCAGCUAAACCUGCUGAACAACCCCAGGGAGGAGAGUCAUAGACCGCAGGCUCCUUUUCUUAAGUCACUAAAUGAAGCUUACUGUAACUGACUUGAGUCACAUGUCUUUGGCCAGUGUGGAAUAUUACUUGGGGUAAUCACAAUGUUCCACUUUGGUGUUUGAGUGUUAUUCAAAAAAAAAAAAAAAAGAAGAAGAUGAUGAAGAAGAAAGAGAGGAGAGGCAAAUCAACAAGGAAACAGAGGAAAAAAAAAAACAUUUUGGAAAAAACAAAGAAAAUAAUAGUGCUGUAAAUAAGCUUAUACUACUCCAACCAUUUGUAGAUUUUGCAGGAAGGUGUUUUUUUUUUCUUUCUUUUUUUUGGUAAUAUUCCUUUGGCUGUUUGAAAUGCUGACUAAGAAACAAAAAA